AUGGCGAGCAGACAGGAUGAGGAAUUCAGUGUGAGGGCCGGCCAAAUCGUGGGCCAAGCUCAUGUGAAGAGGGAUGAAUGCAAUAACUCUUCCCAAGCUUCAAGCUUUCUCCAGCAGAAAGGGGAGAAAGUGAAGAACAUGGCGCAAGAAGCAUCAGAGGCAGUGAAGAACAAAUUGGGAAUGAACAAUGACAACAACAAUGAAUACAGGAACAAGAACCCUUUGGACAAAAAGAACCCUAACAACACAACCAGUCCAAGCAUGCCUGGCCAUCCUCCUUCUGACAUCUAAUCUUUCACAAAACUCAUCUUUUUAUUCCACUAAUAAAUGUCUGUAAUAAUAAGGGGAUUACACAAUGCAUCCUAGCCAACAGGCCUAACAUAUGGUCAAACUUUUUUUUGGCUUUAGACAUGUUCACACUUGUAUUGACCAAUACAUAUUGAGACUUUGGUAACUGUAAA